AUGUCUCCUGCUGCUGCGGAUGGAAAAUAUCAAUUAGCUGCUCUAACCGAUUCCUUAGGCAGGGUCACUCUGGUGGAUGUUGAAGAAGGAGUUCGUAAUGCACAAUGUGGAUGGGUAGAGGCCAUGGACGAUGAGGGUGAAUCUGAAGAGGACUGUUUAAAGACUUCACCAGAACGUAAAAAAAGAGCAGUUUCUAAACGUAUCACGCUAUUUCUUGUGAUAUAUUCUCCAAUACGGGGUGUGGUAGAAAUUCAUCACAUGCGUCACGGAACUCGUGUUGGUAAUUUCUCGAUUGGACAAGGUUGGAAUUUAAUUACAACAGCUUCUGCACCACUUGGAACUGGUAUGGGUGCAGGUCUAAGUUUUUACGAGCGUGGGGGUAGACGUGGAUAUAGAAACGCUGGUUUGGCAAAAAGUUUUUUGAUUGGUCCACAGGGAGAAAUUAAAAGAGUUCAUGUGCCAUUUGAGUGUGCGAUCAAAAAGCCUAUUAAUCUUGUUAAUGUAUUUAAAAAUCUAUUGAAUAAAUAUGAGUUGGCAUCUUUAGAGCAAAAAGAUUCCCUUUCACAAGAAUUAAUGACAACACUUGAUCAAAUUAAUGAUCCAAAGAUAAAAUUAAAUGUACUGAUGUCACUUCCUGAUACACUUCCUCCAACUUUUCACUUACUUGCCACUCAAUCUUCAAUUGACUGUAUGGGAACAUUGGAUUCUUUCGAUUUUUUAGAAUUUAUACAUGAUGUACGUGACCAAAUAGCACAGCGUACCGAUCAAGCUGAUAUGAAACUUGUUCGACUUAAAAUGGUUUUACGUGAAAAUUUAUUACAUCUUUAUCAAACAUUGGAAGGGUGGAAUGUUGAAACUUGCAAUCCGGAUUAUACUACAACUUAUAAAGGACGUCAAAGUAUUGAAGGUGUAUUUCGACAAACUAUAAAUUCAAUACUUGGUAAUAUUUUUUCUGACAAAGAGAUGAUGAUUGAGAGAGAAGCAAAAGGAAUUGGCCCUAGUUCGUUUAUGUCUCCUUUUAUACUAAAAAAUUUUGACGACAUAAGAGAUGAUGGUGUAUUUUUAGUAUUAGAUGAUAAUAUGGAUGAAAAGAAAAAACUUCAAUUAGCGGAUUUUUUGUUUACACCGUUAAUUAUAUCGACAACUCCGCAAGAAUGGAUCGAGACAGUUAAAAAACGUAUUCCAAUAUCAUCACUCGAGUGGCUUGACAUCUUUAUGCUUUGGUUUAAAUAUACAAGCCUACCUUCAUUGAUCACUUCAAUUUUAAAAUCAAAGGAGUCAGAUUCCAAUUUUUUGUUUUUGAUUUUGAAUGAUUUUUCUAACGCCAAUGAAGAUAAAAGUGUACUUGAUAAAGUUACAUUCUUUUGUCAGAAUUCAUCUCAGAUAGGGCAUUGCUUGUUAUUGGCUCUUGCUCUUCAGAAUUCAUCAUCUAAAACAUCAAAGAUAUCUUCUAUGCAUAAAGAGAUUGAUUGGGACUCAUUAAUAACAAAUCUAAAAAUUUGUUGGAAUUUGGUAAAAGAUAUUGAUCCAGAAAUAGUUACUGAAAUUGGAUUAUCUGCUUCUAAUUUAAAUAAGAAAACUAGCUCAGCUCGAAUUUCUGCAUUGAAUGGAUUAAAACUUACUGGAAAUGUCAAACUUGAGGAAAUGGAAAUAGAGGCAGGAAAUGUUUCCCAACCAGAUAUAUCACGUAUAUAUAAGGGUUGGUUAUCAUGUCAAUUAUUUAAAAAGGAUGUUACAAAUACAGGAUUACUUGAAUUUGCAAUUAACCAAGCAAAGCGAAUUGAUAAUCCAUUACUAAAAAACGCAAUUUUGCAUUUAAUAUGGCAUAAAAUAUGCCAAGAACAAGCGAGUUCCAUCAUGACAUUGGUAGAGAAAGCGCGUAAAGCGCCUAAAGAUCAGUUAUGCAUUAAACAUUGUGGGAUAUCACAUGGAACAAUAGAAUUAUUUCUGUCGUGUUUAAAAAUUUUAUUUGAAUUAUUUAUAUGGGAACCGAAUGAAUCUCUGCAUGUUAAUAAUAUUUUAGAAGCAGUUGAAUCUAUCAUUGAAUUACCGAUGGAUAAUGCUCAAGAUAGAAGUCAAUAUUUGGACGAUGUAUUUGGAAAAAUGAUUAGAGAAUUCAUGACUUUAAAGAAUUCAGCAGAUAUUCAAGUGUUAUUGCUAGUAUUUAAAAUUGAAGUACGAAUGAUCAGACCAUCAAAAUUGUUUGAUUCAAAUGUAUCAUUUUUUGACCCCUUAUUUUUGGAAACAAGUGACGUAAGAACGAUAGUUAGUAAUUCAAGGAUCACGGAUGAACGUAUGACAUUCAUAAAGAAAUUAAUUGAAAAAUCAUCCGAUAAUUAUUCAGAUAUUUUAUUAUUAGCUGAUAAAUUUGGGUUAGACCAGAAUGUGAUAAAAGAAUUUUGGCAAAAUAA